GAUGUUCAUUGCACCGAUCCACAGCAUCUAGUGUCUCGACAUUAUGCCGGGUGGGAGAAAUUCAAGAGUCAAUUAAACUCAUAAUCCACAAAAAGUGAAACAAGGAUUAAACAGAACAGAAGAUAUCUGCUGGUUUGCGUUUCCCCUUCAGAUUCGCAGCGGACGCGGCUGCUUGAGAGGGGAUUGCCAAUCUGAAACUUCUUGGGGAUGCGAGCGCUGUGGAGGAUGAGCUAAGGAGAGCGGUGCACGACGGGUUGGAGAGCAUCUGCCGCCUGUAGCCACUGACGGGAGGACCCAGCUCGCGAGGAGAUCUGUCUCCGUUCUCCCUCUCUCUCUUUUCUGUCACGCAGAGAUAAGCAGCUUCCUCAGUCUCGGGGUUGAAACUGGAGACAUCCAAGGGGAAAAAAAUUAACGGAGCCGAAAAGGACGGGAAUUACUAAGGAAGCUAUGAUGGGAAUCUAAAGCGAGGACAUUUAAGCAAAAAGUACACGCAUCUCAGGCUGUUUUUUGCUGUGUAUAGAUUUGGGUCGUGCAUUGCUUUCCUUCAGCCAGCCUGUGGAGUAUAGGAUCACAAAUAGCAUUUCAAGGCAAUGGAUGUUUCAACUCUUUCCUCCAGGCUGGGCAUGAUGAACUGUUCUGUUUUUAUUUGAUCCUGCUGUGAGAAUUCUGCUGGUGCAGCGGUCUUCACGUAACAACUAAGAAUUGAAAAGAAAAAUCACCCCACAUUCAGAAGGGCUGACAGAUUUAAACGCCAAACCCUGAGGAGAAGGCCCUCGUGUAGAAAAGGAAAAAAACAUGGCCAGUGGGAAGAUCUCUUCUACAUGUGAGCCAUGACAGUAUGGUGGACUGUUUGAGUCGAGUCAUGCUGCACACAGCCGUGUCCUGGCAGCCUUUGCUGGGGCUGGCCCUUGUGGCCGUUUUUAUGGGCUCCACGCUGGCUUGCCCCUCCCGCUGCGACUGCUCCGCCCAGAGCCGUUCUGUCAUCUGCCAUCGCAAGCGCUACACCACCAUUCCUGACGGAAUACCUAUCGAGACACGAGUCCUUGAUCUCAGCAAGAACCGAAUCCAAGCUGUCAACCCUGACGACUUUGUUGCCUAUCCGCACGUAGAAGAACUAGACCUGAGUGGAAAUAUCAUUGCAUAUGUAGAGCCUGGGGCCUUCAACUCUCUUUACAGCCUUUACUCGUUGAGUUUAAAGAGCAAUCGCAUCAAACUGCUCUCGCUAGGCGUCUUCUCCGGACUCGCCAACCUGACUACAUUGGAUAUCAGCGACAACAAAGUUGUCAUUCUGGUGGACUACAUGUUUCAGGACAUGCGCAACCUCAGGUCGCUGGAGGUCGGAGACAACGAGCUGGUUUACAUCUCCCAUCGGGCCUUUAGUGGACUGUUAUCGCUGGAGACCUUGACGUUGGAAAGGUGUAACUUGACGGUGGUGCCUACAGAUGCCCUGUCGCACCUGCACAACCUGGUGAGCCUACAUAUGCGUUACCUCAGUAUCAGCUCCCUCCACCCCUACUCCUUCAAAAAGCUGUUUCACCUGCGUCAUCUCGAGAUCAACCAUUGGCCAUCACUAGAAGUGUUCCCCGCAAAUUCUCUGCACGGCCUCAACCUCACCACGCUUACGGUUACCAACACAAACCUUUCCACCUUCCCCUACCAGGCUCUCCGCCAUUUGCCUUACCUCACGCACCUCAAUCUGUCCUACAGUCGCAUCCGUACGGUGGAGGGUGGCCUGCUCCAGGACCUGGUGCGAUUGCGGGAGCUGAGGUUGGCUGGAUCUCAAUUGGUGUCUAUCGAACCGUAUGCCUUCCAGGGCAUCCGCUGGCUCCGCUUGCUAAACGUCUCUCACAACCAUCUUGAUACCCUGGAGAGGGGAGUGUUUCACGCUCCCGAGACCCUGGAGGUGCUGUUGAUCAACAACAACCCUCUGGUAUGCGACUGCCGUCUGAUGUGGUUGCUGCAGAGACGUCAUUCCAUUUCGUUCGGGGACACCCAGCCUGAGUGCAGCACACCGGAGGGCAUCCACGGACGUCCCUUCAAGGAGUUCAAAGAGACCCUGCUGUCCUACUACGUGACAUGCACCAAGCCGAAGAUCCGGGAGAAUCGGACACAGAUGGUGUCGGUGGAAGAGGGACAGUCGGCCCGUUUGCACUGCAGCGCGGAGGGAACCCCACGACCCACCAUUUCCUGGGUCACACCGCGUCGGCGACACCUGACCAACAGGAGUCACGGCAGGGUGAUGGUCCACAUCAACGGCUCUUUGGAUAUCAAGGCGGCAGAGGUUCAGGAUGAUGGCGUGUACAUGUGCGUGGCCUCUAACACUGCAGGCAACGACACACUUAUGGUAUCACUAGCAGUGAAAAGCCUGGGCUCGUUGUAUGCCAACAGAACCCAGCAUUACACAGAUACGAGCAAUGCUACUGCCAACGGUACCAACCUUCCCAAUGUGACCUUUGGCCUGGACCUAAAGACUAUCUUAGUUUCUACAGCCAUGGGCUGUUUCACAUUCCUAGGAGUGGUUCUCUUCUGUUUCCUGCUCCUGUUUGUGUGGAGUCGGGGGAAAGGCAAACAUAAAAACAACAUUGAUAUUGAAUACGUGCCACGCUCCAAGUCCAACGGGACCUCCAGUGAGGAGGCAGAACAAGGCGCUGGACCGCGGCGCUUUAACAUGAAAAUGAUUUGAGACAUUUAAGAUAAUAUCAGUGGGAGUUUACGCAGAUAUUUAUUUCAUUAAUGGAACCUGGGAUAGGACUCGCUCAAAUGAAUGCCAGGAAACUCAACAGCCCCUCAUAUUACGUCCGGAUUUCGGGCUUCACAGGGGGAUAAUAUGUGUCAAUAACUAACAAUUUGUAUGAAACCCUCUUGGUGAAAAGGGGUUUCACCAACACUUCUGAAUUGUGUACAGAACGGAUUUGUAAAAUUCAAGUAUUACUCUUAUUUGCCGAGGCUCACACAUGCUUUCUCACCGUGACCACCAAGUGACGGGGAAUCUGUUCUCUCCUUCAUCAUCCUGCAUAUAUGUACGUAAUGCUCAGUUAUGUAUGUGUAUGUUAACAUGUAUAAACAAUUUCUUUUGUUGCUUUAUUCACAAAAUGCAGUUGCCGCCAAAAUUUACAUCCCAUGAGUUGAAGGAAAUAUGACCAAGCCAUCGUCUCGCUACUCAAACUGUUUGAGGAAAGAGGACAAAGGGCUUUAGCGGGAGUGAUAUGUUACUCAGAAGAACGCGUGUGUCGUUUGUCUACCCCAAGUUAUUCUCCUGAUCUGAAGAAAAUUAUAUUUGUUUAUAACCUGAAAAAAAGAAGAGAGAUUAUUUAUUAACAAAUGGCCUUUACGUUUAAACUCCAUAAUACAAAGGGGAGUCUUUUUUAAUUGUUGAAAUACAUGCAUUUUUUAUUUUUUGUGUAUGUAUGCACAUAAAUUUCAGACGAUCAUCUGUUUUGGUUGUGCCCCUCCAUUCAAUGAUUCUAACCUCUUACUCGGUUCAGAGUACAAAAUUUUGCCACCAUUAUUUUUUCCUUCUUAGUAGGAAAUUCUGACUUUGUUGUGGUAGUUUCUCAUUUUGUUGUUAAAUCAUUUAGAUUGUAAAAAGUAAAAGAAAAAAGUACAUUUAUGUGGAAUAAAGAAUAUUGAUUUGUAUUCUGAUGUCGCAUUUAU